AUGAGUUCAAGACUUAAAAUCACCCAAUUGUCCUUCAAGUCGGCACAUUCCCGCUUCAACAUGCGCUAUUUCGCAAACUUCACAGUCAACAUCAUCAAUGACACGGUUUACAACGACUGCCAACUCAUUGAACGUUUGGACCCCGGUGUACGCUGUCAUUUGGAAUUUCAACUGCGUAUUGCUAACUCCAAGGUGUAUCAGUCACUUAUUGAUUUCGAUAUCGAUGUUUGUGGCACCAUAAUUGCGCUUAAGGAUCACUUGCUGAAGAGUUGGUAUCGCAGCCUUUUGAAGUUUGGUAAUUUUAUGGAGAAUUGUCCAUUCCAUCCCGAUCACUAUUAUUUGAAGGGUUGGAAAUUAGAGCCGGCAUUGUUUCCUAAAUAUCUUUACCCCGGUGAUUACAAAAUUAUUGCAUAUAUUUAUAACGGGCAGUAUAAAAAGAAAAAUAUGGAUUUCGUGUUGAAACUUCAACUCGAAGCCAGUGUCUGGUGA